AUGAUAAAAGAUAGAUUAAAGUACAAAAAGGUCUUGAUUGUGCUUGAUGAUGUCGACAACCUGGAGCACCUAGAAGAGUUAGUUGGAUCACGUGAUUGGUUUGAGUCUAUGAAACUCUUUUGCAAGCAUGCACCCCGGGGUUACAGGCGUAUUGAAGAUUAUGAACAGCUUUCAAAAGAUGUGGUUUCGUAUGCUGGUGGGCUCCCGUUAGCACUUAGAGUUCUCGGUCGUUUUCUAUGUGACAAAGAUAUGAAUGAGUGGAGGAGUGCCUUGGCUAGAUUGAAAGAAAUCCCAGAUGCUAAUAUACUUGAAAAGCUAAAAAAUCAGCUUUGA